UUUUUCUUUCUUUCUUUCUUUCGUUUUUUUUAAAGCAAGAGAAACGCAUCGAAGCAACUGAAGAAGUGAAUCUAUUGAUCGUCGCCGGUGCUGACGUCGCCGUAAACCCUAAUCGUCGUCGAGCUCGGGUUCUCCUCAUUUGGUACCAUGAUUUCAGCGACCAAGCUCAAAUCCGUCGAUUUUUACAGGAAAAUACCCAGGGAUUUGACUGAGGCUUCUCUUUCCGGAGCUGGAUUGUCUAUAAUAGCAGCACUCUCCAUAAUGUUUUUAUUUGGAAUGGAGCUGAAUAGUUAUUUGUCAGUAAGCACAUCUACAUCAAUAAUUGUCGAUAGAAGCUCUGAUGGAGAAUUCUUACGCAUUGAUUUCAAUUUAAGUUUUCCUGCACUAUCGUGUGAAUUUGCUUCAGUUGACGUGAGCGACAUCCUGGGGACAAACAGGUUGAAUAUUACAAAAACUGUUCGCAAGUUUUCGAUAGAUCCAAAUCUAAAGCCAACUGGAUUCGAAUUCCAUGCUGGGCCUCUCCCAACAGUCAACAAUCAUGGAGAUGAGGUUGAAGAGGAACAUAAUGAGGGUUCAAUUUCUUUAAAUUCUGACAACUUUGACAAAUAUACACAUCAACAUCCAAUUUUGGUGGUCAAUUUUUUUGCACCCUGGUGUUCUUGGAGUAAUCGCUUGAAACCAUCAUGGGAAAGGGCAUCAAGAAUUAUGAGACAGAGAUAUGAUCCUGAAAUGGAUGGGCGGAUUCUCCUUGGAAAGGUUGAUUGUACUGAAGAAUUUGAUUUAUGCAGGAGGCAUCAUAUCCAGGGUUACCCUUCCAUUCGCAUCUUCCGCAAAGGGACUGACAUUAAGGAUAACCAUGGACACCAUGAUCACGAAUCUUAUUAUGGUGAUCGUGAUUCUGAAAGUUUAAUUGCGGCAAUGGAAGCUCUGGUUCGUAGUCUUCCGACAAAGUCUCGUACUUUGGAACUAGAGGACAAAUCUGAUCAUACUGUCAAUGCAGUAAAGCGCCCUGCGCCAUUAACCAGUGGGUGUAGAAUAGAAGGUUUUGUUCGUGUGAAGAGGGUUCCGGGCAAUCUUAUAAUUUCAGCUCACUCAGGAGCACACUCCUUUGAUGCAUCGCUGAUGAAUGUCUCACAUUUUAUUUCACAUUUUGCAUUUGGUAAAAAGCUCACACACCGAAUGAUGAGUGAAUUGAAGCGUUUAGCACCACAUCUUGGUAGAAACUAUGACCGUCUGACAGGUCAAUCAUACAUAACCGAUCAUGAUCAUGCUAACGCAAAUGUUACUAUUGAGCAUUAUCUUCAAAUAGUGAAGACCGAGUUGGUGUCAACAAGGUACUCUCAGGAAGUAUUUGAGGAGUAUGAAUACACUGCCCACAGCAGCUUGGUGCAUAGUGUCAAUGUUCCAAUUGCCAAGUUCCACUUUGAGCCAUCACCUAUGCAAGUUUUGGUGACUGAAGUUCCCAAGUCCUUCUCUCAUUUCAUCACAAACGUCUGUGCUAUUAUUGGUGGUGUUUUCACGGUUGCAGGAAUUUUAGAUUCAAUUUUGCACAACGCUGUCCGGCUUAUUAAGAAGGUAGAAUUAGGCAAACAAUUUUGAAAAUGGGGCUCUAUAUUUUUGGUAAUAAAUAGUUGGAAUUAGUUCAUUAACUCCAUACUCCCUAUGAGUUGAUGUCUCCCUCAUUGCUACUUAGUCAAUGUAAUUACUUGUAACAACUAUUGAGCAACUCUUAUAUUUUCCUUCACUUCUGUCAGUAAUCCAAUUUCCAUAUCAAAGUUUCUUAUUUGUUCAA